AUUUUUUACCCUCCAGGAAGCGGACAUUUCGUUAUCUUCUGAUUCUCCUUGCACCUUUGCCGCUGGGUCAGACGGAGCCUUUUUUGCUCAGUUCUCCGUUUUUCUCGGAAAACCAGUUCCCAAGGCGGCAUUCGACUAGGGUAGAAAGGCUUGCGUAGAGACGCGCCGACGGACCCUGUUCCGCACUUUGGAGAGUCGUGCCUCGCCAGAACCGGCGCCCUCGGCGCGCGUCUGCUGGGGGCGUGGGGUGGCCGCCAGGGCAGCGGAGCCUAGAGCACGCCGCGCCGCGCCACUGUCCGCAGAAGCGCCGACUGCUGGGCCCUCGCAGCCCGGUGCCCAUCGGCCUCCAGAGCGGGCGCAGGCGUCAGUCUUCGCGGAGCGGGAAGGCACGGGCGGCCUCCGGGACUCCGGAGCCACUGCAGCUGCUCCGGCUGCGGGCCGCCGGCCCCGCGCUAGCCGACCUCGCUUCUGCCCCGUCUUACCUCACGCAUCCUUCCAAUUCUUCUUUCCUCCCCCCUUUUCGUUGACCCCCUCUUUUCCUGCUGUCGCCUCGAGUGCUCCCCCAGCAAAGCGGAGAUUACAGAGUGGUCGGGAUGCCCCAACUCUCCGGGGCGGGCGGCGGCGGCGGCGGGGGCGACCCGGAACUCUGCGCCACGGACGAGAUGAUUCCCUUCAAGGACGAGGGCGAUCCCCAGAAGGAGAAGAUCUUCGCCGAGAUCAGUCACCCCGAAGAGGAAGGCGACUUAGCCGACAUCAAGUCUUCCUUGGUUAACGAGUCCGAAAUCAUCCCGGCCAGCAACGGACACGAGGUGGCCAGACAAGCACAAACCUCUCAGGAGUCCUACCAUGACAAGGCCAGAGAACACCCUGAUGAUGGGAAGCAUCCAGAUGGAGGCCUUUACAACAAGGGACCCUCCUACUCGAGUUAUUCCGGGUACAUAAUGAUGCCGAAUAUGAAUAAUGACCCAUACAUGUCAAAUGGAUCUCUUUCUCCACCCAUUCCAAGAACAUCAAAUAAAGUGCCCGUGGUGCAGCCAUCCCAUGCGGUUCAUCCUCUCACCCCCCUCAUCACUUACAGCGACGAGCACUUUUCUCCAGGAUCACACCCGUCACACAUCCCAUCAGAUGUCAAUUCCAAACAAGGCAUAUCCAGACAUCCUCCCGCUCCUGAGAUCCCCACCUUCUACCCGCUGUCUCCGGGUGGUGUUGGACAGAUUACCCCACCUCUGGGCUGGCAAGGUCAGCCUGUAUAUCCCAUCACGGGAGGAUUCAGGCAACCCUACCCAUCCUCACUGUCAGUCGACACUUCCAUGUCCAGGUUUUCCCAUCACAUGAUUCCUGGUCCCCCUGGUCCCCACACCACUGGCAUCCCUCACCCUGCUAUCGUGACACCUCAGGUCAAACAGGAGCACCCCCACACUGACGGCGACCUGAUGCAUGUGAAGCCUCAGCAUGAACAGAGAAAGGAGCAGGAGCCAAAAAGACCUCACAUUAAGAAGCCUCUGAAUGCUUUUAUGUUAUACAUGAAAGAAAUGAGAGCCAAUGUCGUGGCUGAGUGUACCUUGAAAGAAAGUGCAGCUAUCAACCAGAUUCUAGGCAGAAGGUGGCAUGCCCUCUCCCGUGAAGAGCAGGCUAAAUAUUAUGAAUUAGCACGGAAGGAAAGACAGCUACAUAUGCAGCUUUACCCAGGCUGGUCUGCAAGAGACAAUUAUGGUAAGAAGAAGAAGAGGAAGAGAGAGAAACUACAGGAAUCGACAUCAGGUACAGGUCCAAGAAUGACAGCUGCCUACAUCUGAAACAUGGUGGAAAACGAAGCUCGUUCCCAACGUGCAAAGCCAAGGCAGCGGCCCCGGGACCUCUUCUGGAGAUGGAAGCUUGUUGAAACCCAGACUGUCUCCACGGCUUGCCCAGUCGACCCCAAAUGAGAACCGACACCAACUUCACUCUGAGGUCACUGUUAGAGACACUGAUCCAUAGAGACAAUCACUGCCAAACCCCCGUUCAUCUGCUGCGAGAGCCAAGUUCCAAAAUAAAGCGUUAAAGGUUUUUUAAAGAAAAUUGAAAAGCACAUGAGUCUGCUAGCAGGCCCUGGGCCCGCUGGGCAGCGCGCCUCCCUCAUGUCCCCACGCCCUUCCCCAGCAUCUCGCAUCCAUGCCCGUCCCCUUCCGGCCAGGGCAGUCGCUUGGCUGCUGGGCUGCCACCAGCCACUGGGCCCGGCAGCCAGCCCGCCCUCCGCGUCCCAGUGGGGGCCUUGUGGAAGAGUCCCCUCUUCGUCUCGUUCCUCUUCCUUUCUCCCAAGGCUUUUAUUUAACAGUGCAAAAGGAUCAAUCUUAACGUUUGCUUUUUUUAAACUUGAAUUUUUUUUUAAUUUACACUUUUUAGUUUUAAUUUUCUUGUAUAUUUUGCUAGCUAUGAGCUUUUAAGUAAAAUUGAAAGAUCUGGAAAAGUUUGAAAUAAAAAUGAAAUGGAAAGAAGCCACCUUUGUUUUGAGCAGCAUCUUGUCCAGUAAGUGGCUUCUCUGUGAAUGACUUGUAACAAAUAGUGGCCUCUCUGUCUUCGAAGGUGUUCGACAGAGCUGAAUAAACGUAACAGCCAGAUCCACUCUGUCGGUAGCAGUGGGCAGUACUACGUAUUUCAUUUUAUUUUUCUUCUGAUCUCUUCUUUUUUUUUUAAUGGUAAACCUUAACAGAUACUUUCAGUAGACCAGUUUGCAGUGAAUUUUCAUUUCUUCUCACCCCUUCUUGUAAAAAGCCCAGCACUUGAAUUGUUAUUACUUUAAAUGUUCUGUAUUUGUAUCUGUUUUUAUUAGCCAGUUAGUGGAAUUUUAUGCCACUUGUUAAAAUGACCAUUGAUGUACCCAUUUUUUUUAAACAGCAAGGCACAGCCUUCGCCCCAGACUGUCAUCUAACGUUUGUCAUUCCAGUUUGAGUUAAUGUGCUGAGCAUUUUUUAAAAGAAGCUUUGUAAUAAAACAUUUUUUAAAGUGUAA